GCUAAUUAACCAAUAAGCGUUUGUAGUCCAACGGUUAGGAUAAUUGCCUUCCAAGCAAUAGACCCGGGUUCGACUCCCGGCAAACGCAUUUUAUUUUAAUUUUUUUUUUUAAAAAAGGGCAUCCAAAUAAACCAUCCUUGUGUUCUACUGAAUCUGCUUUAGAUCCAAAUGAUUUGCCUAAUUGCUCAGCAAGGGGAAACUCAGCAGCUAAUCAUGAAAAGGUGAAUGAGGAUGUCAGAGCUAGCUUGCUGUCUGUAAGAUGUAGUGUGUAGUAUCUAGCUGUUUACUGGUUUUUCUUUCCUUUAAUAUUAUCGUCGUUGUGAUACAUGAGAAGAUGUGCAUUGUUUUGUUUGGGGAGAUUAUCAUAUAACCAUCUAAGAGGAUUUGUCCCCGUGAGGGAGUGCCAUGAGCAAUUUUCGGGUUCCUUUGGAGCUCAGGCCGUGUUCCUGUCAACUGAGUCUAAUGUUUUGGGAUGUGAAGAAGGAAGGCAUGUUGAUGUGUCUCAAAGAACACAUCAUAGAGACCUUCUCCUUAAGAGUAGUGAUGUUAGGACAAGCCGACAAGCACUUGAGCUUGUUGAACGAGGUUGCCUUCAACCUGACCCCCUGUUCUAUAACAGAUUGCUGAAGAAAUGUGUGGAGUUGGGUGACCUAAGAGAAGGCAAAAUUAUUCAUGCUCAUGUCCUUGCUUCUGAGUUUAAGGAUGAUAUGUUUAUCCUUAAUAACAUUAUCAACAUGUAUUCUAAGUUUGGCAAUUUAGGGGAGGCUAGAAAAUGUUUUGAUGAGAUGCCAGCUAAGGACACUUUCUCUUGGACUACUAUGAUUGUUGCUUAUACGCAAAAUGGUAGGCCUGAGGCAGGCCUUUCGUUGAUUCCCAAGAUGCUUCAUCUUGGCUUGAAACCAAACAAUUUUACAUUUUCUAUCCUUCUAAAGGCCUCUGGGGCAAUAUCUAGUGCUAAGCAUGGCAUGCAUAUACACACCCUUUGUGUCAAAUAUGGUUGUGAUUCAAAUGUCUAUGUUGGAACUUCUUUGGUGGAUAUGUAUGCAAGGUGUGGCCUUAUGGAUGAAGCGCAAUCAAUAUUUGAUGGACUUGUGAGCAAAAAUGAGGUCUCUUGGAAUGCUUUAAUUGCUGGUCAUGCUAGAAAGGACAGAGGAGAAGAAUCGCUUAAUUUGUUCCAACGAAUGAAAAGGGAAGAUUUUUAUCCUAGUGAUUUUACAUAUUCCUCUGUACUCAAUGCAUGUGCUAGCGCUGGAGUUUUGGAGCAAGGUAAGUGGAUACAUGCUCAUGUGAUAAAAUGUGGGGUAAAGCUUAGUGAUUUUGUUGGGCACACUCUUCUUCAUAUGUAUGCAAAGUGUGGGAGCAUUGAAGAUGCAGAAAAGGCCUUCACUAGAUUGGUGGAGCGAGAUGUUGUUUCAUGGAACUCAAUCCUAACCGGAUAUGCCCAACAUGGUUUGGGGCACAAGUCAUUGGAGCAAUUUAACAUCAUGCUAAAGACUGGAAUGCAACCAAAUGCAAUAACAUUUCUUUGCUUGCUCACUUCUUGUAGCCAUGCUGGAUUUGUGGAACAAGGACAGUAUUACUUUGAGAUGAUGAAAACAUAUGGUUUAGAGCCGAAAAUUGAGCAUUAUGUCACAAUUGUUGAUUUACUAGGCCGGGCAGGCAAACUUGAUCAGGCACUGAGAUUUAUUAGGGAUAUGCCUAUUAAACCUGUUGCAGAGAUAUGGAAAUGUCUUCUGGGUGCAUGUAGGAUGCAUAAGAACAUGGAGCUAGGUGUUUAUGCAGCUGAACAAACUUUUGAGCUUGACCCUUAUGAUUCUGGCCCUUAUGUGAUACUUGCCAAUAUGUAUGCUUUGGCUGGUAAAAGAAACGAUGUUGCUAAGGUGAGAAAAAUGAUGAAGGAUAGUAGGGUAAGGAAGGAACCUGCUUGUAGCUGGGUGGAGAUUGAAAAUGCAGUCCAUGUGUUUGUUGCUGAUGAUGAUACUCAUCCUCAGAGCAAAGAGAUUUAUGACAUGUGGGAGAGCAUAAGUGCAAAGAUCAAAGCAAUUGGAUAUGUACCAGACACAAGUCAGGUUCUCUUGUUUGUGGAGGAGCAUGAAAGAGAAGCAAAAUUGCAGCACCACAGCGAAAAGAUUGCCUUGGCAUUUGCUUGUCUGAAUACACCACCUAAAUCCACCAUCCGAAUUAAAAAGAACAUACGAGUUUGUGCUGAUUGUCAUUUAGCAUUUAAGUUCGCAUCAACUGUAAUUGAAAGAGAAAUUAUUGUGAGGGAUACUAAUCGUUUCCAUCAUUUUCGAAAUGGUUCUUGUUCUUGUGGGGAUUACUGGUAGUACUGAAGUCACACAACAGUACUGAAUUUCUUAGGGACUAUUUCAGAUUUUUAGAUUGCUAAGAAUCAUGUACUUGCCAAUUUCAGGAUUGCUGUGGCCUGUGGGUAGAAUACCGUGCAUAGGGCUACCAAUUAAAGACACUCCUUUGGUUUUCUACAGUUCAAUCUGAAGUCUUAAACAGAUGAAAGAGCAUUCUCACUAACACAUGGGAGAAAGUGAAGAUAGGGUUAAAAUUGUAAUCUUGGUAAAGUCUCUUCCUGUUGGAACUUGCAGUGUUGUAACUGAGCCAAUGUAUCCUGUAAAGAACUUUAGUAACACAGAUUCUAGCUUUACGAUUUUUAUGAAGAAGCUGAAAUUAUGUCAUUAGUGCAAUAAUCUGCUAAAAAAUGACUGCUUGAUUUUUCAAAAGACCUUUUUAAGACGCUUUUGUUUUAUUGGAGAUAUAGCUGUUCUUUGCAGAAAGCUGAAACUGUACGUGCCAGGUCUGUCCUGGUUGUUUUCAUGUUCUGUAUGUUUGUUCAAGAAAUCAAGGGAUCACGUUAUUUUGUCAAUAAUUGCAGCUGUUAGGAAACACCUGAAGGCUUGCUCUUGUUUUAUUAAACAAUAGCUGCAUAAGUGCUUUCUUUAAGACGAUUAAGGGAUAGAGUCACUCUGAACUAGAGAAUACGGUCAAGCUUCCUCAGCACUUGUCAUUGGAACUUCUCAUGCCGUCAUGCAUUCAUCUAUCUUCUUCCUUUAUCCUUAUUAUUCCUUCUAUUGUUGAUGGGGGAAGAGUGAAAAAAGAAUAAAGAAACUAUGUUGGUAUUGCCUUGAUGAAUUAUGCUUGAAUCUUCUUUAAAUUUUCUGAUUGUUUUCGGUCUUCCUGCCAACAGCUUUGUUUCCCAAUGAAUAAGCUGUCUCAACUUAUGCUGGUCCAAAGUUGCCGAUCUGUUUUACGAGCUGAUGAAAAUUUGUUUCCCAGCACCUGUACAGCAAGGCUCAGAUCAUGCUCUACUUUGUUAUCUGAGAGGUUUGAGUUGUGAAGUUACUAUUUUAUGAUAUAGAAGAAUAUUGAGUCCAUUGCCUGACAUGUGAAGCAUGAUAGAAUAAUAUCCUAUGUAGAUGCCAAAUCUAUUGUCUAUACUCUAUAGGUUUUGCACUUAUAAUAAUGUCACUUAGACAGCCUAUUAUAAUUUAUGGAGUCCUAAUCGUCUUUGUGGCAUGUUCAUAUAUAUAUUGUGUCUAUAUGUAGAUAAACUUGUCACUUGUAUACAAUAGGUCACAUGUUCAAAUCCUCUCUACUAUUUGUAAUUUGUAAUAUUUGGACCAAAAAAAUCUAUCAUGACGAUUUAAUACUACAUGCAAUUGUGCAUAGAUUCACCGGUUAAAUAAAGGUGAAUCAUGUUGGUUUAUUACUUUAUAUCUCAUGUGAUUGUUGCAAAUUCAUGUUUUUAUCCUUCAUCAUAUUAGAACACCUAAAUGACACAAGAAAAUCAAAAGGAAAGGGGAAAAAAAAAAA